AUGGCGGUGGCCCGAGGGCUGCAGGCUGCAGAAGUACGAAGUAGUUCUGCAGAACUAAACGUCACCAGACGGGCUGAAAUGUAUCCGGAUUCCUACGAGGUGCCCUUACUCCUGGAGGAGAACAAGGAGAACGUGGAGAGGCGCUCUAUAUAUCACAUCAACCAGAACCAGGAGUCGGUGAUGGCGGAGCCGCCUCAGUACAGCCCCAUCAUCCUGAUCAACAACCUGAGGACUCACCUGUACGUCUCGCUGGAGAAGAACACCUGGCUGCAGAAACGCAUCGAGGAGCUGGAGGACGAGCGUAACUUCCUGCGCUGUCAGCUGGACCGCUUCAUCGUCGGCAUGAGGAGCCAGGAGGGUGAGGCUUCCCAGAAAAUCGGUGUCAACAGGUCUCCCACCAGCUCCCCCGCCCUGCUCUCCCCUAUGACCACCCGUUCUGGGAUGGCCAUCAGACGCCUGCAGGACCAGGCGCCGUGUACACGCCGCAGCACGACUAUCCCCGUCAAAGAGGCGUUCCACCUGGAGGAGGAUAAAUACUACACCGAGGAGGAGUUCCUGGAGGAUGAAGAGGAGGAGGAGACGGACGAUGAGGACUACUUUAAGGAGAAAGGGUCAGGGAAGGCAAGGAGGGGCCGGGCCGGCCGGGAGCCCAGGAUGAAAAUGAGGAGGAUCUUCAGGAUCACCCACGGGAGGGAGAGGCAGAGAGUGAAAGAUUCGGACGGGGUGCUGAUGCGCUAUAAGAAGAUCCUUUACACCUACCAGAAGGUGAGGAGCAUGUCCAAGGCCUUCCAGAUCCACGGCGUUGACCGCAAUACCAUGGCCUCCACCUCGCCCAUUGCAGAGCUGCUCCUGGUGGCCCCAGAGAAGCUGGCGGAGGUCGGGGAGUUCGAGGCCUCUAAGGAGAAGCUUUUGGAUUACGCCAGGCGGUGCUACAAGAUGAUGGACGACGAGACCCACACCAAGGUCCAGGCCAUGAAGAAGAGCCACAAGCUCCUGCCCAUCUCCUAUAGGUUCAGAAACUGA